AUGGCUACGAACCCGCCUAACCGGUUGGGCGACGAUCUGAUCCGCCUGCUCUGGGACAGAAACCGACUUCUACAGAACCUCAACAACGACGGCAUCGAGCUCGAGCAAGCCCGCAAGUUGGUUUGGGGACUUGUCUUCCACAACUGGAACUCAAACGACGAAACGCUCCCACCUGCUCAAACCCCCCGCCGCCGCACAUAUUCUAGAGUCAAGGUGCCGGUCGGUCACCUGAUCUACGAUACGCCUCCAACACCGGUGCGUGAGGAACGCCGAGCCGGCGCCCGGGUCUACACCAGGCCCGAUUUCAACGUGAAUUCCGACACAGUUGAGUUUCCCAUGUUUGACUCGAAGAGCGGUCGCCUCCCUUCCGACACCGACAUCCGCUACGAUCCCGACUACCUUUGCGAUAUCAAUAGAGUUCACAAUCAGUGCGUCAUGGACAUGGACGCGGCCGAGCUCAGACGCCAAGGUCGCCUCAACACACGCUGGGUAGUCUACUAUUUGCGCCACAGAUUGCGACUGUCCCUCGUCAACCAACAUAACGGACGCGACACCUGCGAUUUUGCUUGCGGCCCGGGCAUCCGCAACACUGAAGUCGACCCCCGAGACCAAACUCAACCUAUCCUGUCACGGGAUCAAGAGGAUCUCACACCUAUCGUCGAGGUUGACCUUUGUUCGGACUACUUUGACUGGCAGGAAGAUGAUAUGAACGAGCUACAGGCCUACAGAUUUAGCAUGCGCGCCAACCAUCAGUACCAUGGUGUCUGUGGCAGUUCGGGCUAG